CACGUGACGUGUGCCGACGCCGGGGUAUAUAAUGACGGCUCGCGGAUGGGAAGCGGACCGUCAGUAUCAGCGCUCGCAUCGACCCAGCCUCCUCAGUUCUCUGGUCCUGUGAGAUAAACCUUUCUAGCCAUGUCUGACGAGGAAUAUUCCGAAGAGGAAUACUCAGAGGAAGAACGAGAAGAAAAACGCGUGGCGAAACCACAAGAACAUCAGGAGCACAAGGAAGAACCAAAGCUGAAGCAUGUAGAGAGGAAGGAUGCGGAGGAGGAAGCUCCUCCCAGGGAGAUGACUGAGGCAGAGCGCGCGAUGGAGGCCGCCCGCCGCAAGAAGAAGGAGGAGGACGAGGCACGCUGGGCCGAGUAUCAGCAGCUGCGAGCCAUCGAGAGAGCUAAGGAGGAGGAGGAGCUGAAAAGACUGAAGGACAGGCAGACGAUGAGGAGAAAGGAGAGAGAUGAGGAGGAUGCGCGCAUGGCCGAGCAGAGGAGGAUCAUGGAGGAGCAGCGUCAACUGGAGGAGACGGAGAUCAUGGCCCGCAAGUCUGAGGAGAAGAAGCGCCGCCUGGCGGAGGCAGAGAGGAGGCGCAUGGAGCUGAUGGGUGCCACCGGACAGACGGACGCUAGCAACAGCCCAAACUUCGUCAUCACAAAGAAGGCGAACGAGGGAACCAGCAAAGAGGCCAUCGGCAAGAGGUCUGCAGCACAGCUGGAGAGGGAGAAGGAAGCUUACAUGAAGAAGAGGGUGAAGCCGUGCAACGUGUCCGGCUGGGACGCGGCUAGGCUUAAGGAGAAGGCGCAGCAGCUGCAUGCCAGGAUCAUUAAGCUGGAGACGGAGAGGUUUGACCUUGAACAGAAAAGUCAGCGCCAGGAGUAUGACCUGAAGGAGUUGAAACGAGAGAGAGAAGCAAGUAAAGAAACAGAGAGCGCUGAAGAAAGGACUCGACCCAACGGAGGCCGAGAGUCCCCUACCACUGCUUUUCUCUUCCAAGCCCAAGGUGGCGGUCGCCAGCAAGUAUGACCGACAGGUCGAUCACAGAUCAUACGGACAGAAAAGAGACCUAUACACACAGCCGCCUCCACCACCGCCGGAUAUCAAAAGAACAGGAAAGAUCUGGACUAUGCCUUACGACGAGGAUGACGUGGUUGGACAGGAGCAAGCAGCACCGCCACCCGUCAGUCAACCACGUGCUCCUGAACCUGAACCAGAGGAGGUGGCCGUGGAAGAGUAACCAGCUGACUAUCCCUCGACACUCGCUAUGUAUACCCUUCAUCAGGCAGCAUUAGAAAUCGCAGACGGGCAGCGUUCGCCCGCGUCUUUUAUUCUCGCAGCUUUCGCCAAGGACGUGUUGAGGUCGCCACCGUCGCCCCCUACCCGCUCACUCCGCGUCCCCAAUAUCACUCCGUCCUCAGACUCCGUCCAAAUCCAGACUAACACGUCCGACACUAGCCAGCCAGCCGUCCCUUACGACGUCGUACCGCUGUGACAUCAGAUGGCGCUGCAUGCUACGUGCGGUCAGCGACGCGACAGCAGGGGGCAGCAGCUUUGCUCGCCUCUUUUUGUCAGGGGCUGUGUCAAUUGAAGUGCCGGCAGGAGGCUACAGCAUAGUGUAAAAUCUGCUUGGAAUCAGAUCACAGUUAUAGCGGGCAUUUGAUCUUCGAUAAUGAAUCUGUUCUUUGCCAGCAGAUGGCGCGUUCGUACGUAAUAGCCAACCUAUGCAUCCGUAGUAAACAGUGGAUUUCUAAUUAUAGCCAUGUUGCUAGUAUAAAUAACAUUUCUAUACACAAAAGCUGUUAUUGUGUUCUCAGUAUAGCCGUGCCUCCUUGUUAAUGAAACCAUAUUGUUGAAUUUAAUUACGCAUUUUGAUUAUCUCGGUAAAACAAGAGCUGUAGAAUUUAGUGUAUUUAUCCGAUUAAAACUAUGCUAAUUAUUCAUCAACGA